UUUUCGAUAAUGGUGUCUGGCAGCUCAAAGUUAUCAAUAAUUGUUUUUAUAAACCUUGUCCUGUUUGAUAACCUUGUAUCAAACGUGAAGCAAAGGUAUAUCGUAUCGCAGCUGAAUAUUAUUAAUUCUCCUGGAGAUAUAAUAGUAUCAGAACUAACAUUGGUGGGACGAAAUCAUGCCGUAAAUGGAACCGUAACUGCGCUCGAAGACUUAACGGACGAUUUAAUGUUAGGUAUACGUAUUUAUACCGAUCCCUACAGCAUUGGUAAAUUCAAGAAGAUGCCAUGGGAUAUGCCAUCUACCGACGAAUGUAAACAUGGAUUUGGACCUACUGAAUGGUACAUUAUGCCCGGUUCCCAAGGGCAAACAUUGGUUCAAAAAUAUUUUGCUUGACCCGCAGGAUUGGGUGAAUACAUUACCAGUCGGCAUGCUGAAAGUGGAGCUUGACGUUAUCAAAAAUGGAGCAUUUGC